AUGUCUUCUCCAUUGCACACCGUUGGCUUCGACGCCCGUUUCCCAAAUCAAAACCAAACCAAGCACUGCUGGCAAUCCUAUGUGGAUUACCACAAAUGUAUCAACGCCAAGGGUGAAGAUUUUGCUCCUUGCAAAGUCUUCUUCAAGACUUACUCUGCCUUGUGUCCAGUCGACUGGAUUGAAAAAUGGGACACCCAAAGAGAAGAAGGUAACUUUGCUGGUAACAUUAAGCCAUAG